AAGACUACUAGAAAAAGGAGCGUCCCCCUUGUAGACCCUUUACGACGUUAUUUAGUAUGUGCGCUCUGCACACGUUCAGAUGCCCCCCUCCCUUAAGAUAACGCGAAACUUUUCAGAAGUCAGCCGGGACGCGAGAAACAACUUCUAAGGCUGAGCUGUCUGUGCUCAGAGCAAAAUGGGAAGGCUUGAAACGGAAAGGAGGGGUUAUAGUGGGAACGAAAAUCGAAAGUAAAACGAGUCUGCUGCUCUCUCUUUUUGCAUUUGAGCGAGAAACUACUUCCAAGCUCAGCCAUUUCCCAAGAUGGCUGAGAGGGAGGAGGUCUACAUUUUCCCAGUCUUGGUGGAAGCGAAUUGGGGCUGCAAGAUUUCCAAAAGUCUGAAGAAUAAGCUUUUGCUCUACUUCCAGAGUUCGAAGAGAUCAGGAGGUGGAGAGUGCAAGAUCCAUGUGGAAGCCGGCAAGGAGGAGCGGGUAGUGGUCUGUUUCGCAGAGGAAGAAGUGAGGCAGAGAGUCCUUAACAUGAGCCACCAUGAACUUGAUGUGCCUGAAAAAAAGAAAUUGAAGCUGGCUGUCUCCUUGCCUCCUGAGGCAGCAGCAGCAGCUGACGAUGAGCAAGAACCAAAUGCAAGUCUGAAGCCUGUUACAGCUGAAGAACCCAAAGAUCUGGAACUUCCAAAAGAUGUGCCAGAAAAGUUGGUGACCCAGGAAGAAUUCAAUGAAGUGGUAGUGACGCCUGUGGGGAACGAACUUGAGCUGGAGACUAUAGAGAUGUACUUCGAAAGUAAGAAGCACUCUGGCGGGGGGCCCAUUAAGUCCUGCAUUAAAGAUGGAGAACAAUUCAUCAUCACCUUUGCAAACAAAGAAGACGCUCAGGAAGUUUUGAAAAGAGAGAGUCAUGUAGUAAAUAAAACUGCACUUCAAGUCAGGCAGCCCCAGCAGGAGACUGCCCAAGCUGCGUCACAAAUGUCGGCUUCUCUCGCUGUUGUUCAGAACGAUUUGCAAGAGCCCGUAGAAGAAUGCAUGCUAGUUCUGUUGGUAGAGAACACCAGUGGCUUAUCAGAAUCGGACAAGGAUUUCACUGUGGAAAUUUUGCCGGAGCUCAGUGCUGCUGUACUCAGUUUCAUCAAGCGUAUAGAAAUAGACCAAUUUAUCAAAGACUUCAAUCAGUACCAUAGGGCUAAGCAAUUACACUUUUCUGCACAUUCUCUGGAGGUGACGAAAAGCAUUCUGGUAGAAGACAUCCCGCCUCGCAUCUCUCAGGACUUCAUCAGUGUCUAUUUUGAAAGCAAGAAGCAUGGAGGCGGACCAGUGUCAGAUGUCAGCUACCUUCAGGAAGAGAAUUCAGCUGUGGUUACUUUUCAGGAUAGCAAAGAUGUAACUACCAUCUUGAAGAGGAAGCAUUCUUUUAACAGCGUGCCAGUUCUUGUCCAUCCAUACUAUGCCUCUUUGGGAGCAGCUCUCUACGGGAAAGAUAGAUCACAAAUUAGGAUGCCGGACCCAAUCGGAUUGCCAAUAGAUCCCUACCACUGGCAAUUUUUACAGCAGAAUCCACAGGGACUUCAGGAAAUCAGCCAUGCAAUGGCAGGUUGCUAUUGUGAGGUUGAGUGGCCUGCUAGGCAUUGUUCACACCCAGAAAUUACCCUGCGCCCUUCUCUCGCCUUAUCUAAGCAGAAAAGCUUCCUGGUCAAGACCUGGCAAGAAAAUGUUUCUACCCGUUUGACACAGUUCCUGUCCAAGCAGAAGGUUGCCAAGUGUGUAUUGAAUGCUGAAAUCUGGGAAGCCAUAAGAAAUAACAUAGUAAAAGAUGACAUUUGGAUCUUGCCUGAUAUUGCAAAGGGGAUAGUUGUCUUGGUUGGGGCACCAGAAGCUGUCAGGUGCUUGGAGGAGGAAAUGCAGGUGCUCAUUGAAAAAGCUGCUAAAAAGAUUGAAAGAGAGAAGCAAACAAUAGAGGCAACUGUUCCUGUUGUUGCUGGAAAAUACACUAUUUUAAAUAAUGCUGGACUACAGGAUAGUAUCCACAUGGAGUACCCAGAUCUAAAGAUUGCAUAUGAUGCUUCCAGAGGGCUUAUAACACUGCAUGGUGUAGCUGCUGAAGUUUUUAAAAUAAAAAGCGACAUCUUCGAAAGGAUAUCCCGCAUGGACCAACGAUAUGUUGAUGUUCAUCCUUACAUUCUUCUUUUUAUGCAACAUGUAGAUAAUGAACAUCUAUCACAACUCUUAUUUUGGUCCAAAAAGAUCAAUGCAUUCUAUGAGCUUGAGGGGAAGGCGGUUCUACUGAUUGGGGCAGCUCGCCAGGACCUUCAACGGGCUGAGGAAGAAAUGAAGAUGAAGCUCACCUGCAAAUGUGUUGAACUGGAGGACAACUCGAUUCUCGGAAAGAGAGAGUGGAAAGAACUGGCCAACAGUUUGUGCAAGAUUGUACAACUGAAUAAUUGUUCAAGUGAAACCAUCAGAAUUCAGGAGAUGGAGGAUCAAAUAGUGAUUGCAGGAUAUUUCGAAGAUGUGGGCAGUGCCUAUCAGAAGAUCUUUGAUUUUGUUGACAGAAACACAAAAAUACAAAAAACCAUCAGGACUAAAUCUACAGCAGUUACAAUGUAUGUGAAAGAGGAGAAGCGUAAUAGUUGGCUUAAAUUGGAGCAGCAAGGCAUAACAAUCCGUUUUGGCACGCAGGCAAAUCGCAGGCUGAUUUCCCUGGAAGGACCCCGGGUAGAAGUCCUGAAGGGACUUGAGCUCUUUCAAAAUACCCUGUCCUCUCUGUAUUGUACUAAAAUGGUAAUAGAUAAACCAGGAGCCAAAGAAUUCUUCAAGGAACAAGAACAUUUAUAUGUUGCUGGUGCCAGACAACAAUUUAACUGUUUGAUCAGGAUUCAGGAAAGCUCGGAAGAAAGUGAAGAGGAGGGCAGAGAGGUGAAUAGACCUGAAGAAAAGAGACUGCCAACCUGCGAAGUUAAGCUAGAAGAUGGCAUCAUAGUAGCAGUUCAUAAGGGUGACUUGACCCGUUACUCGGUCGAUGUUGUGGUCAAUGCAUCCAAUGAAGACCUGAAGCACAUUGGUGGCCUUGCAUAUGCGCUGUUAAAAGCGGCUGGCCCACAGCUACAGAGUGAGUGCGAUGACCUAGUCAGGAAGUAUGGAUGUUUGAAGCCUGGCCGUGCAGUUAGAACACGUGCUUGGAAUCUUCCAUGUAAAGAUUUGAUCCAUGCAGUUGGGCCGAGGUGGAACCAUUCAGAAAAAGAGAAAUGUACCCAACAGUUAAAGGAAGCCGUGAAGCAAAGCUUAAACCUGGCAGAAACAUAUAGCCAUCGCUCCAUAGCCAUCCCUGCCAUAAGCUCUGGGAUUUUUGGAUUUCCAUUAGAAGAGUGUGCCCAUACCAUUGUAACAUCCAUUAAGGAACACUUGGAAGAAACCUCUGAGAGUGGCUGCCUAAAAGAGAUACUCCUUGUGGACUCUAAUGAAAAUACUGUUCGGGCACUGUCAGAAGCCUUGAAUGAAAUAUUCACAGACACACUGCCCCCAUCUAAGUCUUCCUUAACCUCCAAAACUAAGAGCCACACUACAAAGAGUAGUAGGGAACCUCAAGAAGUAACUACGGCUGAAGGUGUGAAAAUAGUACUACAGAAAAAGGGAAUUGAAGACUCCACAGCGAAUGUAAUUGUCAACAGCGUUUCCAGAGACCUGCAGCUGGACAAAGGCCCGCUCUCCAAGGCUCUGCUUGCCCGAGCAGGAAUGGAACUCCAGGAGCAAUUGACCAAAGAAGGCCAAGGAAAGGACAUCAAAGAGGGAUGUGUGUUGAAAACAAAUGGCUAUGCUCUGGGUUGCUUUCAUGUACUGCAUGCUCAUUUGCCUUCUUGGAAUCAGGGUAAAAAAUCUAAGAUCCUGGGAGAGAUUCUUGAAGAAUGUCUGGAAACCACUGAGCAGCUUUCUCUGAAUUCCAUCGCGAUCCCAGCCAUUGGGACGGGUAACCUACUAUUUCCCAAGCAGUUCGUUGCUAAAGCAAUGUUCGACGAGGUGUUCAAAUUCAGUCGGAAAGCAAAUCCCCGCUCUCUUAAAGAAGUUCAUUUUGUUCUGCAUCCGAGUGAUACGGAUACCAUCAAGGCAUUUACAGAUGAAUUAAACAACAGACUGAAUCCCAGCCAAACAAAUAUAGUACCUGACAGCUCCCAGCAGCUAGGUCAAGCUUCCUUUGGGAGUAUUUCAUCGCCAAAGUCUGGAGUUCAUAAAAUGCAGAUUGGCUCAGUUCUGUUGCAGGUGGAAUGUGGAGAUAUCACCCAAGAAACCACAGAUGCUAUAGUGAACAUAACCAAUACCACAUUUGAUCUUAAAGUUGGUGUUUCCAAAGCAAUUCUGGAUGGAGCUGGACCAGGGAUGGAACAGGAAUGUGCUCAACUAGCUACCCAGCCUCACAAUAAUCUCAUAUGCACGCAAGCAGGAAACCUGAAGUGUAAAAAUGUAAUCCACCUUGUGGCCCAAGAAGAUACCAAGGCACAAGUCUCCAAAGCUCUCGUGGAAUGUGAACAAAGGCAAUUUUCCUCUAUUGCUUUUCCUGCAAUUGGGACAGGUCAAGCAAAACGUGACCCAGCUGCAGUGGCCAAUGAUAUGAUAGAUGCUAUAGUAGACUUCAUAAGUCAAACACCUUCUCCACAGGUGAAGAUGAUUAAAAUAGUAAUUUUCCAGCCACAUCUUCUAAGUAUUUUUUUUGCAAGUAUGCAAAGAAAAGAAGCUGCACCUAGCAAGCAUGGUGGCACAUCCUCGUCAAACUCCAUUUUUUCUAGAUUAGUAGAUUUUUUUAGCUUCAGAAAAUCCGCUGAGGGAGCUAAACCUACAAUACUUUUGGAGAGAACAGUAGAGCCAACCAUUUUUCAAAUCUGUGGUGAUAGCCGGAAGAAUGUCGAAGAGGCAGAAUUUUGGAUGAAGGAUCUGAUUUUGAAGGGCCAGUAUGAAACAGUUGUCUCAGAUAAAUGGAUCUCAAACUUUGGAGAAAGCGAAUAUGAAAAACUGAGAGCUCUUCAGCAGCGGCUGCAUGUUGCUAUUAGGCUAGAGUAUAAAGAUUCUUCUCCUUCCCUCCACAUUGUUGGUAUAACCAAAGAUGUCUUGACGGCCAGCUCAUUAAUUAAAAGCAUGGUCCAAAGCAUGGAGGAGCAGUCAAAGGCAGAUAUUCUCAGCAACUUUGUACAGUGGCAGUAUGAAGACAAUGGGAAAUACAAAGCCUUUGAUAGCCUGACAAAUAUGCAUUUAGAAUCUGCAGCACACCAGCUUGAAAUAACCAUAAAGAACAAAAGCUACAAAGUGGACCCAAGUAAACAAUGUGCAGUGGAUAACCAGGGGAGAAGCAUCACCCUUCGCCGUGUAUCAAAAGCUGAAGGUAAUCUGGCGGUGGACUUACCUGAACAGUGGGAAGACAUGGGGCAAGCGCAUCUCAAAAUAGUGGAGCUAAAACCAGAAAUGGAGGAAUAUCAAACUGUCAAGAAGAUGUUUCUCCAGACUUGCAGCGUAUUUACUAUUGAAAAGAUCGAGAGGAUCCAAAAUCCCUACAAAUGGCAGCAGUACCAAAUAAAAAAGAAGGAGAUGGAUGACAAAAAUGGCCAUACAAAUAAUGAGAAGCCCCUUUUUCAUGGAACAGCUUUUACAUCGAUAAAGCUCAUAAAUGAUUACGGGUUUAAUCGAAGUUAUGCAGGAAUGCACGCUGCAGCAUAUGGAAAUGGAACCUAUUUUGCUGUAAAUGCCCAGUAUUCUGCCUGUGAUACUUAUUCAAAACCAGAAGCUGAUGGGAAAAAGUACAUGUACCUUGCUCGAGUGCUCACCGGAGAAUAUUGCCCUGGAGCGCAAGGAUUAGUUGUCCCCAAACCCAAAAAUGCGGCCGAUCCCACUGUUCUCUUUGACAGUGUGACUGAUAAUGUUUCUAAACCUUCCUUGUUUGUCAUUUUCAAUGAUAUCCAGGCAUAUCCAGAAUAUCUCAUCACUUUUAAGAAGUAAACUUUUCUCUAUCUUGCACUUACCCUGAUGAAAAGAAGUGCCUCUUGUUAUGUAGUAGCAUGCUGAUACUGUAUUACCUGUACAUAAAUGGAUCUGAUUACGAAAUAAAAUGUUGAUUUGGGCUA